GAACGAGCCCCUCUGACGUCCCUUCCCUCGCGCGGGAUUACGCUAACUGCUGCUAACCAGUUGACAUCCGAGAACAAUCCCGAAUAUUAAAAACCUUUUCGGCGCCAUCAGGGAAGCCGGAGCCUUUUAUGGGUUCCUGAGUGUUCUCCUCAUAGAUGGAUCAUCUCUAACAGGAGCUGGGUCUCCAUUGCUGCUCGAUUAAGGAAGCUGUUGACACCAGUCCGCAGAUUGGACAUGUUUGUUAGCAGCCUCGGUGUCCGCUGCUAGACUUUAACUUUUUUUGUUUGUCUGUUGCUGUUGGUUUUUGCGGAAGUUUUCCUCUGGUAUGCGCCUAAGCCCCCAGGCUCAGCCCACCCUGAGCCUUCAGGAGCCAUGAAGCUGCAGUGUGAUGUCGAGGUGGUGAAUCGGAUGCUCCCAACGUACGGGAUGAGAAGUCGGGGGAAAGGGACGAGAGCGGUGCUGUCGAUCGGGAAACACUUGGACAAGUCGAGUCAGCGCAGUACCAUCUACAUGAUGAUCUGCACAGCCAAAGACAGAACCGGGUCAAAGUAUAAGCUGAGAGGCAACGUAGAGAAGUUCUUCACAUGGUUUGUGGAGGAGGGCAAAGCAACGGUGAGGUUAAAGGAACCAGCGGUUGACGUCUGUCUGAGCAAGGCCGAUGCAAAUAGCUUGAAGAACUUCCUCUCAGCAGCACGUCUGGCCGACCGAGGGAGUGACACGAGCAGCCUUCCUCUGUCCACGCUUACUCCUGUUCGUGCCAGAGAUGUAGAGCAGCCAAAGAAGAAGCUCUCAGUCAUGUCCAAGAAGGAUUACCCUCUCACCUCCAACUUCCCUUAUUCCCUGGAGCAGUUGCAGGUCUCCUACUGCAAACUCUCACGGGUGGACAUGCGAAUGCUGUCCCUCAAAGCUCUACGCAGGCUGGAUCUGAGCAACAAUCACAUAAAGAAACUUCCUGCCACCAUCGGCGACCUCAGCUGCCUCUCUGAACUCAUCCUUCACAACAACCAUCUGGAGGCCUUCAGUGAAGCCCUGUGCUUGUCCACGCUGCAGCAGACCCUCCAGGUCCUGGACCUCAGCCAGAACCGGCUGCAGUCCCUGCCCACUCAGUUCUGUCAGCUCAGAGAACUGAUGAACCUCAAGCUGGAAGACAAUAAGCUUGUGGGGUUGCCUUUCCAAAUUGGCAGGCUGUCGAAGUUGAGGUUCCUGUCCGCUGCACACAACGAGCUGACUGUUCUGCCAGCAGACUUCUUUAAGCUGAGUCUUGAAAACUUGGACCUGUUUGGAAAUCCGUUUAUCCAGCCCAAUCCUUUGGACCACUCCAUGCAACUUGCCUUCCCACUUCCACUACAGGAGAUCGCCUCCAGAGCUGUAGUUAGUCUCAGAAUCCCGUACGGACCUCACCUCAUCCCCGCCCACUUGUGUGGAGACCUCGAAGCAGCAAAGACAUGUGAGUGUGGGCGUGUCUGCAUCAACUUCUUCGUUAAGACGGCAGUGAGCAUGAACCUGCACCAAGUCUCUCACACGGUCGUGUUGGUGGAUGACAUGGGAGGCACGGAUGUGCCGGUGCAGCAGCACUUCUGCUCCCUCUCCUGCUACUCUGCGUUUUUAGACAGCUGUCUUCAGCGAGGCCUGAGAUGAGAAGCAACAGACCGCUUUGUCUUAAGCAUCCAGAAACAUGAUGAAAUUGCAGUGGAGGCUGCAAUAGAUCUUGUUACAGUGAAUGUAUGGAGGCAGCUGGGGUAGUUACAACCCAGGACCAUCCUGAUGAUUGCUUUAGAUGACAGUUGAAACUCAGUUCUGUUGUGUUUUUAACAGUGCUUCAUUCGGUUGGUUUUACACCUACAUUAAUCUUAGGACCUGCUCUGUCUGAGUAGUGUUGACUAUAUAAAACAAAGCAAUAAUCCUGCACUGCUGCCAAAUCUCAAACAUCAUCUUGCUUUUGUCCUGUAUCUGAGACUCCAGGUUCCUCUACAGACCUACAUCUAUACGACAGGGGAAUAAAGAAAUAAGCACAGCGCCUCAGGGGUCCACGAGGCAGGGCUACAGGGAAUCUGUUAUUAGAGAUGCACUGAUCAGGCUUUUCUAGUUUUCACUGACUCGCUAAUAUUCUAAGGAUUAAAACACAUAAAAGAGGAAAGCAAAUAGGCUGCAGGUUAUCUGUUAAUGGAAGGAACUUUGAAUCCUGCAGAAAGCGGACCUACAAAUGUGACCCCAGUGAUGCAUCAAAGCAUCUGUCCCUAAUCUUUAACUGAUUUUUACUAAACUCAGAAAAGUGCCUCAAAGUACACGCUGCUGGUUUAUGUGUUUAGAGACUAAAUAGUGUGAUUUCUUAGUUUUGAUCCAUUUAAUAAAUAGGAAAAGGAUUCAUAUUUUUACGUAUUUCACCUGCCGAUCAAAGGAAGGUAAUUUUAUUAUGCAUGUAAAGUUCAAGAAUUUUUAUAAGUACAUAAAGAAUAAAAGUAUUCAUUGUUG